AUGUUAUGCAUCUGUUUAAGUGAGUACGAAGCCCGAAGAAGGGCGUAUUACGAAGAAUACACCAGAUCGCUGGAACAAAGAAAGCAAGAAGCCCAACGUCGUCGAGCGGAGGAGGAAAGGCGUCGAGCUGAACUUGCCCGUCAAGGGGAGCGACAAGAAUACGACGAACGUGACUUGCCGCAGCUGCUUAAACCAGAGAACAACAGCGACGGUAUCUGUAAGCAAUUGCUGGCAGAUUCUCUUGAUUCGCAGAUUCUAAUCUCUGUGUCUGGCAGAUUCAGGCUUUCGCUUCUAACAAGUGAUGCUUACAAAACCUACUGCUUCGUCUGA